AUGCACAUGAGAGAGGCAAAACCUUAUAAAUGCACGCAUUGUAUCAAAUCAUUCGCAAAUAGCUCGUACCUGUCGCAGCACAUGAGGAUACACCUUGGUAUAAAGCCCUUUGGACCCUGCCAGUAUUGUGGUAAAAAGUUCACACAGCUAUCACAUCUGCAGCAACAUAUUAGGACGCACACUGGCGAAAAGCCAUACAAAUGUAAGUUUCAAGGCUGCGAAAAGGCAUUUAGUCAAUUAUCAAACUUACAAUCACAUUCAAGGUGUCACCAAUCCGAUAAGCCGUUCAAAUGCAACAGCUGCUAUAAAUGUUUUACGGAUGAGCAAGCUUUGCUGGAACAUAUUCCAAAGCACAAGGAAUCAAAGCACUUAAAGGUGCACAUCUGUCCAUAUUGUGGUAAAUCCUACACACAGCAAACUUAUCUUGCAAAACACAUGACGAAGCAUGCUGAUAGGAGAAACAUUACAAAUUACAGAAGUAAUUUUGUGGAAGGCUUAGAAGGCUUAAACGCAUGGCGGAAUGAAGCAGCCGCUGCUACAUCAGCGCCGACUAUGGCUGCAGCAGCCGCACAUGGCAUUCCGGAUUUGACUUCGGUGACACAGCCACAAAUCGAUUUUAGUUCGAGGCUGAUUACAGGUCACUUCAAUGCAGGGAUACAAGCUUCGGUACUCUCAGCUGCGAAUCAGUCAGCUGUAGCUGUUGCAAGUAGUUCUGCAACAAGUUCAGCUGCCGCAGCAGCAGCAUGUAGUUAUCCAAGUGCUGCUUCAACAGCUGCUGCAAAUCAGAUGAUGGUUAACGAUCCUUCUGCAUUUCGGCUCAAUAUGGCUGCAUUCGGCAGAACUUUAAGCACAAGCAGAACGUAUUUUCCCUUCGAUAAUCCAGCAUUUAAAUCUGAAGCUCCUAGGCCGGCAGGGUUCAAUAUGAUAACACCAUUGGAAAAGAUUCAGUGUUAUACUCAACAAACAUCCUCGACAUCAACUGUUCAGGAUCAGCAGUUUCAAAAUACGAUGCUCAAUUACAAGUAG